AUGUCUGCUGCAACGAGCCCAUCAGAGACGCCCUCGCGCUCACGCACGCCCAUCCCGCGCCCGCCAUCCUCUCCAUUACGAGCCACCUCGCCCGUCCCCAUGUGUGCCGAUACCCCAGAUUCGCAUAAUUCACGGAGGCCAUCGCAUUCGAGUGCCCCGCUGCAGGGAGGUGGGCCAACCUCGCCGCUGCCGCAGCGAGAACGGCCAAAGACGCGCGCGAGGGAUUUGUUGAGGAAACACUAUGGCUUGAGCGUCGGGCCGCCGUCGCCGCUGUCGGGGAGGGCUGCGGACCCUAUGGAUCUUGAUUCGACUGCUUUCGAUGCACGGUCGUACUAUGAGCAGCUCAUCACGACCUCAUCACUGCCGACUCUGUUGAAACGAGAGAAUGAGCUUCUUUCAGAGAUUCGGCAGCUCGACAGCGAGCGACAGUCCUUGGUGUACAAUCAUCAUCACGAGCUGAUCGCGGCCAGCGACACAAUUGCAGCAAUGAAAUCUCGCGCGGAGAACCUGGAUGCUGACCUGGACCUCCUCCGAGCUGCCUUUUCCGAAAUCUCACGGCUCUCGACAGAGAUCUCCGGCCGGAAUCAGUGA